ACUUUUCGAAACGCCGUAAUUCGCCUUCGCUUGACCCACACUGAGGCGCUUCAGAGAUGUCUGCGUUAGCGCUUGUGAUUUUGUCUUUAUUUUUUUGUUUACAUGGGAACAUUCGUGGGUUCCCUUACAGGGGGUUUAUGACACGGCAGUUCCUGACCCGUUCUUCCGAAAGUGUGAGUUUUGUUCAGGAGCUGGAUGGGGCCCGCUCUGUAACACAGUCUGCGUUGGGGAAACAUGCUGAGCCAGUACCCCACUUUAAAGAGAAGUAUUUCUCACAAAUACUGGACCACUUCAACUUCAACAAUAUGGGUAAUGGGACCUUUAACCAGAGGUAUUUAAUCACAGAUGAGUUUUGGGACAGAGGCGUCGGGCCCAUCUUCUUCUACACCGGCAACGAGGGAGACAUUUGGGAAUUCGCCCUGAACUCUGGCUUUAUAUGGGAGACUGCAGGCCUGCAGGGGGCGCUCGUCAUAUUUGCAGAACACAGAUAUUAUGGCAAGUCGCUUCCAUUUGGUGAAAAGUCAUUCAGGAUCCCGGAGAUUGGGUUACUGACUGUAGAACAGGCACUUGCAGACUAUGCUGUCAUGAUCACAGAACUGAAGAAGCAGCUGGAUGCCACAGAGUGUCCAGUCAUUGUCUUUGGUGGAAGCUAUGGUGGUAUGCUCAGUGUAUACAUGAGGCUGCGCUAUCCCAACAUUGUAGCAGGGGCUCUGGCAGCCAGCGCCCCUAUCCUGUCCACUGCUGGACUGGGGGAUUCAAGGCAGUUCUUUCGGGAUGUGACCGCAGAUUUUGAAAACUACAAUCCGUCCUGCAGAGAUGCAGUGCAAGAAGCAUUUCAGCAACUUGAAAACCUUGCACAACAUGAAGAUUAUGGACAUAUCCGAUCAGCUUUCACCCUCUGCAAGACACCAGGAUCCAGCCAAGACAUUCACCAGCUGAAGGGGCUCCUGCGUAAUGCCUUCACUCUCAUGGCCAUGCUGGACUACCCUUACAGCACUCACUUCAUGGGUAACAUGCCUGCCAACCCAGUUAAGGUUGCCUGUGACAUUAUGCUGAGUGGGAAGAAUUUACUUUCUGCUUUAAGAGAUACUGUGGGUAUAGUAUACAACUCCACAGGGGAUGUUCAGUGCUAUGACAUUUACACCAUUUAUGUGGAGUGUGCUGAUCCCACUGGGUGUGGCCUUGGCUCAGAUAGCCUGGCCUGGGAUUACCAGGCCUGUACAGAGAUCGAGAUGUGCUUUGAGAGCAACAAUGUCACAGAUAUGUUCCCCCCAAUGCCCUUCACCGAGCAGGACAGAGUGCAGUAUUGCACAAGGAAGUGGGGCGUGGUGCCACGUCCAGGAUGGCUGAAAACCCAGUUCUGGGGUGAUGCUCUCUCUACAGCAAGCAAUAUAAUUUUUUCUAAUGGUGAUCUUGACCCAUGGGCAAAUGGAGGGGUAAGGAAAUCCAUUAGCUCAUCACUGAUUGCAGUCAACAUUCCUGAAGGGGCUCAUCAUUUGGAUUUAAGAGGGUCAAAUAUAGCAGACCCAGUGUCAGUGCGUGAUGCUCGAAGAAAGGAGGCUGAAAUAAUUGCAAAGUGGGUGAAAAUGGAAAGUAAAAAGAUGUUCUGAAAAUGAAAUUACAGUGCAGUUGUAUAAAUUCAAAUGUUUUGUAAAAAUUUAUUAAAG